AUGGGGGUAACCAUUCCCGUGCCACAGAAAGAGUCGGAGGAGAGGCCGCGUGGAGUCACCUCCACGGAGCUCAGCUGGUCUAUGCAAAUGGACGCUGAGCACCCUCUCUCAGACCCGGACGAGUUGGACCUGGGCCUCGGGGCCUCCGGAGACAACCUCGUCGAGUUUCCCGACUCUGGGGAUGAGCCCAUCAGUCUCCCGUCCGAGGAGGACGAGGACUUGAUUAUGGAGCAAUUUACCCUGACUCAAGCCACAAGGCCGGGAAGCGCGACAGCCAGCAGUGGAUCACCGACUCCACCUGCUGCACAGAGCCUGCAUGAGUUUCCUCCGCGGCCGGUACCAAAAGGACAGGCCGCGUACCGCAACUCCAAACGCCCGACGCAGCCCCAGCCUCAGAGCAGCGCGCCUCAUGAGCUCAAGGGUGCGUGGACCAGGAGACCUUUUGCCCCGAGAGCGAAGAAUGGACCCCAACAGGGCCAGCCCGCCUCCCACGGGGCAAAGAAGAAGAAGCGGGACUCCUAG